UUUUUUUAAAUUGACCAGUUGUCAAAUUCCAUAUGUUUUGUUCCUGGUACUCUGUUACAUUUUAUAGCAUGCUAUUCUGCAAUACCUGUGAGAGUUAUGAAAUAAUUCUUAGUUUUAUAAAAAUAAGACUCACCGCUACUUCGGUGUGUGGCUGCAAGCUCUUGGUCAUGAUCUCGUCAGCAUACCGUCUGUUCAUCUCGCGACAUGCUGUAGUUAUUGGAGUGACCACAGGUCUGAACAGCGUCUCGUCGCAGUUCUCGUGGAUGACAAUUUCUUCGGUCGCGGCAGCUUCCUGGUCGCUGUCAUGUUCAGUGUGCACGUUCACGACCGUGCCCAAAGGAUUCACCACUUUGGCAACGGCCGGUUUCAUUUGCACGAUCACGCAACGGCCACCUGGACAGAAAGAGCCAAUGGCAGGUUACUUUGAUUUUUUCUAUACAGGUUGUUCGUGUUUUGUGCGAGGUAAGCCGGCAGCCUUGGAAUAUUGAAAAUGUCACUUCCUGUUUUACUCAUGGAAUGCUCUAACCAAAUAAUGUUUUCAUAACACUGAUUCUGUAUAGUCACAUUGUUUGCCAUCUUGAAUCGAAUAAAAAAAC